AUGAUAGAAACUGCAUACAACAAAGUGUUCGAUUCCAUUGUCGUCGUUUGCCCAACAAUUGAAUGGAAUACGACGUACAACAACUGGAGUCAACUAAACGACCAUGGGGUCAUAAAAAUCCCAUGUUCACAAGAAAUGAUUAAUCAUGUGUUAUCAGUGACCUCAGUCAUAUUCAAGGGAACAAACACGUUGAUAGUAGUAGACGACUGUCCGAGUAGUCAAGCUGUGAAGCAGAGAGUAUCGGAACUGGUGAGACCAGCAUUCUCAGCCAGACAUUACAACCUAUCUGUAAUUGUACUAACACAACAACUGAGUUCAGUGAGCAAGCCAUUUAGGGAAAACAUAAGUAGACCAGUGACGUUUUACAAUCCUAGUAAAAAAGACAUAAAGGUCAUAACAGACGAUUACCUGAAUGGUGUGCCGCACGACCUGAUCUCAGACAUAACAAGAGUGUUGAGAAGGGAAAAGUACACCACAUUAGACAUUCUACUGAUAGACUCCUAUGGUUUCACCCUGUCAAAACCAUAA